AUGCCCUUUGCCAGCCUCCGCAGUCGACCUGCGACAGGCGAUAGCAGCAAGAACCACCGUCACACAAUCUUCGAUGCCUCGCCUCCACCGAAACGAGAGGCAAGAGAGAAGGAUGGCAAACUCGGGGAUCGCAGGAGUGUGCACCUGCCCAAGUUUAACUCGAUGGAUUUCGGGCCGCCCCUCAUGGCCAAAGAAGAAGCCACCCCCUCCUCGCGACCAUCGAUACAAGUAGACCCGGCAGAGCCAAGCGACAGCCGCGCAACAGAGAGCGUUUCAGUAAGCACGACUGCUACGAGAGACGACGAUGCCGCGUCCGUGAUCGAGACGCCGGUCGAAGAGCCCUCGCGACCAAGUCUUGUGGUGCCAGACGCCGAUCCCAAUACUCGCCCGAAGCGAUUCUCUCUGCUGAGGUUCAAGAAUGCGUCGGAUUCACAGCUCUCCUAUCGGUUCAAGAAACCGGCAGUGGAUGCAGAUGACAUUCCCCCCACUCCCGCGAUCAUAAAGACGGCCCCUACAGUCGAUGCCACGGCCCAAGAUCCCGACAAGUCUAUACAAAAGCUGUUCGCACGUCGAGCACCCAGCCCAUUUCGGCGGAACGGUCCCACCAAGGGGACCAUGCGUGGCUUUGAAUCAGUGCCGGAGGGGCACAGCACUGUCGCUGCCUCAACGCCGAACCUUGGUGGCUCGGUAGAUGGGUCGGUGGACCAGGACCGCACCCAAGCCAGCUCCCAAGGUCCUCCUGCUUACGGAGACACAGCGGGCUCGCAGCUUGCCAUACCAAUCGAACGACUUUCCGACCACUCCUCGCGGUCAGAUGGAAGCUCAGGCGAAAGGCUGUAUGCAAGAACGACUACCACCCAAAUUACACAUACCACCACGACCUUCUUUAAGCUGAAGCGGCGGAAGAAAGACAAGGGACCUCUCUUUCCGCUGCCGGAGAAAGUGCAACCCACCUCAGAGCGUCCCAGUUUCUCAACGGCUGGCUUCGAGGGUGGCCGCUCGUCCAUGUCUCCUAGCAGGAAGUCGACCUCUGCCGUCAGAUUUCGGGAUGCAGAUUCGGGUGCUGCCUCGCCAACCCAUUCCAUGACAGCCUUGACGAAUGCACCUUUUGGCUCCCCAGGACCAUCAAUUCUGCGCAAGGAGUCGACGCACUCUGGCCACUCCACUCCUCCUACAUUGAUACCUCCUAGACUAGGUGCACGAGGCCGUUCGUCGACAUUGAGCUCGCUUCACAAAUCAGCAGAGCGACUCGUUGACCAAACACAGCCCGGCUCAACUCGCACCUCUACUUCAACGACAGGCAGAAGAAGUUUCGGUGAUCUGCUCUCGCUUCCACACCGGCUGAGACAGAACUCGGCGCCUCCACGGCAUGCUAACAGCACGCCGGGGACGCCGGCUUCCAAGUCGAACUCGCUACAGAUACCGCGAGAGGAAGUCCCUGAAUUGAUCUACCCGAAACGUGAUGAGUCUGAUACGCCUGCUUCCUACCUUGAGAGGCUGGAAGCUGCCAUCCCGCGAGGCUCGAUGGCAACAGUCCUGUGCAAGACUGCUGAUGAAUUCUCCAAGACGUGUCUACGGAAGUACAUGCGUGGUUUCUCGUACUUCGGAGAAUCUGUCGACAUGUCCAUCAGGAAGAUGCUGAUGGAGGUCGAACUCCCCAAAGAAACACAACAGAUCGACCGCCUACUGGCCGGCUUCGCUGAUCGAUACUUCGAAUGCAAUCCUGGCAUAUUCGCGUCUACCGAUGAGACCACCUUCGUCGCAUUCUCAAUCCUGCUUCUACACUCUGAUACUCACAACAAGAACAACAAGAGGAAGAUGACAAAGCACGAUUACUUCAAAAACACCCAGCAAGGUCCCGUCACGAUAUCCAGCGACAUACUCGACUGCUUCUACGAUAACAUCUGCUAUACGCCCUUCAUACACUUUGAUGACGAGGUCGCAGUCAACAGCCAUCGUCUAUCUGCACCGCGGCCAAAGAAGAGUCUGAUGAAGGUUAAGAGCUCAGAGAAGCUUAGAGGGCCUGUGGAUCCAUACUUGCUGAUUCUUGACAACAAGCUGGAAGUCCUGCGGCCUCCGAUAAAAGAGAUUCUAGAUAUUGAGGAUACUUACAAGGCUACCGGAACUGCUCCAGCAUUCGAUAUACCUGAGCUGCAUCGGGCAUUCUUGAAAUCCUCAGUCCUGCAGAUUGUGUCAGCGCGAUCGCGCCCGGAUGCUUUCAUGUCUCAGGCAGGUAUUCACAAUCCCGGCGAGGCACAGGCAGGUCUGGUCAGCAUAAAGAUUGCUAAGGUCGGCCUAUUGUGGCGCAAGAAUCCCAAGAAGAAGAAGACGUCGAGUCCAUGGCAGGAAUGGGGCGUUCUGAUCACGGACUCGAAGCUAUACUUCUUCCGUGAUGUCGGGUGGAUCAAGAGAUUGAUCGCUCAGCAAGACCAGCAUGCGAAAGUCGGCAACAAGACAACGGCAUUGAUCUUCAAGCCACCCGUACAUGACUUCAAGCCUGAUGCGCUCAUUUCUGUGGACGAUGCAGUAGCACUGUACGAUACAAGCUAUAAGCGGCACAAAAAUGCUUUGGUACUACAGAAGCAUGGCAACUUGGAGGAAGUGUUCCUUGCGAAUUCUGAGGCAGAUCGAAAUGACUUCAUCCAGAAGAUCAAUUAUGCGUCAACGUUCAGAUCAGCCGGCGUCCGCAUGCGAGGUUUGCUCGGAACGGGCUAUGAAGGCAGGCAGCUUUUCCGCAAGGACUCGGAAGUCUCGAACAGAAGUGCAGAAACUGCAAAGAAUGCCACACCCAUGUCGCCUUUCCAAGACCCACAGGCUGCAUGGGAGAUCAUGUUCUAUCGUCGACAACUUGUGCAUGAGAAGCUCAGCGAGUGGGACGAGCGGAUCGCAGUCGCGCAGAAAGAGCUGGAUGCUCUGCUUAGGAAUGCAAGAGGCCUGGCACUAUGUCUGCCGAUCCAGCAGAAGACAAGAGAGUCUGUCGUGCUCGCCGCUGGGCGGAUGACUGCGAAGCUGAAAUGGGCGCGCGUUGAGCUAUGGCGGCAGAAGACGCAUCGUGAGAUCCUAGCCAUGGACUUGGAGCAGGAGUCCGCCACCGAUUUCCCAGCACCCAAGGGCACUCCUCAGAAGUUGACGCCUCUAAAGUCAAGCCAGCAGAGUCUGACCCGGACGGAUACCGAUGGCACCAACUUGACCUUAUCGCCCACGUCGACGAAGCCGAUGACUAGUCGUCGGGCCUCAUUGACACCUCUUGAGCAACCAUUGGACGGGACUGCGGAAAGGCCGACGUCGAUGCAUGGGAGUCCAAAGGCUAUCCAGGAGGCAUUUCCCACUGGCAGACGCGAGUCGCGACCUGAGAUCGUGCCCCAUGACAGCAUCCUCUCGCAGCGAGUCAUCCCAGAAGAGCAAGAAAACAAGAUCGAUGCAGGUGAAGAGCGCGUGCUACGGGAAGCUGGUUUGCUUGGCGUGGACGGUGACGUGUCAAAGAGCAAGGAGAAGCGCCCAGACACGAGUGAGUCCGAGCGAGACCGCGUCGGUGCUAUCUCGCCAUCUUCCGACCACUUCCUACGAGAUCGAGGCACCAGCGUUCGUCGCAGUCUACAACGAAGCCUUCGCGAGCACAGCCAUCCACACCACGCAUCGCCAUCCUCGCACCGGCACAAGAAGGCGCGCGAAUCAGGGUCUAGCGCUAUCACUGAGGACGGGAUCAAGAGCACGCAUAGUGGUGAAAGCGAAGAGCUCCGUCGCGGUACAGGCAGCUUCAUUCUCCAUGGUAAGAAAGCUAGUGUCAUUACCAUGGGAGAUGAGUGGCGGAACAUGACUGCCGAGGAGCGCAUUCAGAUGCGAAACAAGAAUAAGGUGGCAGAGGAUGGCAUCGCCGAUGACGGAACCGCCAGCAUUGCUUCGCGAGCCAGUAGUAGGCUGGGCGCGGCUAGUCUUGCAGGGAGCAGCAUCAGAGAGGGUAACGAUACUCGCAUGAGUGUUGCUACGGCAGCGGAUGAGUUUGUGGACGCGAAGACGAGCUUUGAUGGGAAAGGCAAGGGUAGGGAUAGCUUGUUCGUGGAUGCAAAGGACUUUCGCAGCAGUAUGGAUAGUCGAAGCAUUCGGGAGGAGAGUGACGAGGACGGGUCGGACGCCGAAGACGAGACGAUGAUGCAGGUGGAGAAGAAAGACCUCGACGAGGAAGAUGAUCUGGACUUGACGACUACGAAUUCUACAGGGGCGCCUGGGCCGGCUGUAUCACACUGA